AUGAAAGAACUGAAAUUUUUGCUGAUUGGCGAUACAAGUUUAAAUACUUCAAACAUAUUGGAUACCUAUCUAUGGCAAUUACAUUUCGGCUAUGCCUAUCAUGAUCAUAUUAUACAACAUAGACGCUAUCGUAUAACCCUUUACGAAAUCUCUAGUAUUGAAGAAUUUCAACAGAUAUUACCUGUAGAUAACUCGGAAGUUAUACGCAUUUGUUUACUUUGCUUUAAUAUAAUGCAGAGAAGAACUUUUGAAUCGAUAAAGUAUAAAUGGUUGAGACCUGUGUUGGAUUCGAGUGCUAAAGUAUUUCUGGUGGCUUUACAGAGUAACUUGAAAACUCGUCUCUUAACAAAAAUAACUCCUAAUAAUGGGAACAUUAAAUCUAUUGAGAUUUUAAAUCUGUGUCGAAAUUAUGAUGGUCGAGUUGGGUAUUUGAAAUGCUUAAAUUUUGAUAAGAAAAAUGUUGGGAAACUAUUUGAUAAAGCUAUAAAAAAUGUUUUGUACAGUAAUUAA